AUGGCCCAACAAAUAAACAUCGUCAAAUUAAUUACCCUUUGUUGUGCUUUCUUCUUAAUCGUUACGUAUGUUUAUGCUGAAACAAAAGUCGUCAAAGUCGGUGGAAAUGGAUUGUUAAGAUUUGUCCCUCAAAACAUAACAGCUGUUCAAGGAGAUGUUAUUCGAUGGGAGUUUGAAGGUGGAAUGCAUAAUGUUGUUCAAAGUAAUGGACUCAGCUCAUGUGAACUAAGUCAAAAUGAAAAAUCUUUAAAUGGAUUUGAAUUACCAAUCACAGAUUCAAACGCAACGCUUUAUUACCUUUGUAGUGUAGGAACUCAUUGUGCGAAUGGCAUGUGGGGGGUUAUUUACGUUGGAGGAACUGAACCAACUCCAAUUGCUGCGGCUAAUCCUCCGAGUACUCCUGGCUCGAGUGCCGUUAGAUUCGUUGGUGACUUUAAAUUGGAAGCUUUUGCCACAUUGUUUGUUUUAUCCUUGAUGAAAUUUUUAUUCUAA